CCUCGGCAUUGUCCCCGAAAGCCCAGGGCUUCUACGGAGUAGACUUUGCUUGAGUUCGCAAUUACAUUCAUUUUGUAUAGAUUUUAUCUCUAUUGGAGUUUUCAUAUUUACUAUUCAUAUUAUUGAUAUUAUCGUCUUAUCUCGUCUCGCAUGUUAAUCGUUCUACUCAGCCAUGAACCGCAUGACUGGAUUCAGGUUCCAGCGGGCUUGUCUCGCCCGUCGACCGGCAAGCAGCAUCCAUCGUCCCCGGUGGUACUCGUCGACGGUUUCUGAUGAUACUUUUCCAUUGAAAGGCGUGCGAGUUUUGGAUAUGACCCGAGUUUUGGCUGGUCCAUAUUGUACACAGAUUUUGGGAGAUUUGGGAGCAGAUGUUAUCAAAGUGGAACACCCCGUGCGCGGUGACGAUACUCGGGCUUGGGGUCCGCCGUACGCCAAGUACACCGACGGGUCGGAGGGCCCGGGGGAGAGUGCCUAUUAUCUUGGAGUAAAUCGCAACAAAAAAUCGAUUGGUCUAUCCUUUGCCCAUAAGUCCGGAGUGGAGAUUCUACACCGACUGGCCAAGGAAUGUGACGUUCUCGUCGAGAACUACCUCCCUGGUAGCCUUAAGAGAUACAACAUGGAUUAUGAGACCCUGCGCUCCAUCAAUCCCAAACUGAUCUACGCCAGUAUCACCGGGUACGGUCAGACCGGGCCAUACAGCAACCGUGCAGGGUACGAUGUCAUGGUUGAGGCCGAGAUGGGUCUAAUGCAUAUCACAGGCAGCAGGGAGGGUGACCCGGUCAAGGUGGGCGUUGCUGUGACCGAUUUGACGACCGGUCUGUACACAUCGAAUGCGAUCAUGGCCGCCUUGCUUGCGCGGAUGAGAACUGGGAAGGGACAGCACAUCGAUGCGUGUCUGAGCGACUGCCAGGUUGCAACCUUGGCGAACAUUGCCAGUUCCGCUCUGAUUAGUGGCCAGAAAGAUACAGGGCGAUGGGGAACUGCACACCCAUCGAUCGUACCCUACCGAAGCUACAAGACGCUCGACGGCGAUAUUCUGUUCGGGGGCGGCAAUGACAGGCUAUUUGGUGUGUUGUGCGAUCGACUGGGACACCCCGAAUGGAAGACCGAUGUCCGAUUUGUUACCAACAGUGAUCGAGUGAAGCAUCGUGGAGAUAUCGACGGCCUGAUUGAGGAGACAGUGAGGCAGAAGACCACGCAGGAGUGGUUGGACAUCUUGGAGGGCAGCGGGAUGCCUUAUGCCGCCGUCAACGAUAUCCAGGGAACACUGAACCACUCCCACGUGCAAGCACGGGGAAUGGUCGCCGAAGUCGAACAUCCGACCUGUGGUCCCAUCAAGUUGGUGAAUACGCCGAUCAAGUAUUCGCACGCAACCCCUGGCAUUCGGACGCCGCCCCCGACACUCGGGCAACAUACGGACGAGAUAUUGGGGGAGGUGCUCGAGUAUGGCAAAGACGAGAUUGCGCGGUUGAAACAGGAGGGCGUCGUAGCAUAGAAGCCGAUCAUAUAGUAGCUAGGUGAACCCACCCCGGUGGAUUACUCCAAACUGCGCCGGGGAUCCGGGGUCCGAAGGUUCACGCAUGCAGAAACAAUCCCUACAUGGUUAGUUGGCCAGUGGCUACCGGAUAGUCCGCGCUGGGGAGAGGCACAAAUCAUAUGAGCAUAGAUAGGUAGAAGGUAGUUUGAAUCCGCCAUGCAUGUUAAGCAUGGCUGUUGUCCGGGGCAUUCUUAUUGCAGUGGCAGGGCGCUUCCGUCGAGGGCGCGCGGGGGAUGGAUUCCUCCCAUCAC